AAUCGGGUGAUCUAACCUUAUUGUUUUAACAGCUGUUUUAUUUAUCUUAAGAUUCAAUAGAUUUGGGAGGGGAAAGUGUGGUUAAAAAGAAAGUUUAAAAUUGGACGGCGAAUCCAAAUAUUUACAUAAAAUCCGUUAUAUACUUUUCACAUUUUACAAUCUUUGACCCAGAUUGUUGAGAGAAAGCGAGUAUUUGUGUCCAUAUUAACAGUUCUCUUAAAAAAAUGACGAGCACUGGAGAUAUUUUAAAAAAGCAAAAAACUUGCAUGCAAGUAGCAACAAAUGUAGUAGAACAACAACAUCAUGUGUCGAGGGCUAAACGUGGCCAGAUUUUGGGUCAUCUAAGAGGAUUUCGAGGUUGCACUGUGUGGUUUACUGGUCUUUCUGGAGCUGGGAAAACAUCUAUCGCUUUUGAAUUAGAAGCGCAGUUAGUAGCGAAAGGUAUUCCUGCUUAUGGAUUAGAUGGUGAUAAUAUGAGAACUGGCCUGAAUAAAGAUUUAGGCUUUUCCAAAAAUGACCGAGAAGAAAACAUAAGAAGAGUAGCCGAAGUAGCAAAGUUAUUUGCUGAUGCGGGUCAAAUUUGUUUGUGUAGUUUUGUGUCUCCAUUUGCAGAGGAUCGAGAUUUGGCUAGAAGAAUACAUUCCGAUAGUGACUUAAGAUUUUUUGAGGUAUUCGUCGAUACUCCACUUUCUGUAUGCGAGGAAAGAGAUACAAAAGGUUUAUAUGAAAAAGCUAGAAAAGGAAUGAUUAAAGGGUUUACUGGAAUAGAUCAAGCUUAUGAAAAACCAGAACAUCCCGAUUUGGUUGUUAAAACUGUUGAUUCCUCAGUUUAUGAAUCAACAAUUCAAGUUAUUGAGAUGUUACAAGAAAAUGGAAUUAUUCCUUUUGAUACUGAAACAACAGACAGAAUAGAAGAGUUAUUUGUUUCUAAUGAUAUGUUAAAUGCUGCUUUCGAAGAGGCAGCUUCAUUACCAAAAUUAAAUAUUGGUACAAUUGAUUUACAGUGGGUUCAGGUAUUAAGUGAAGGUUGGGCACAACCAUUAAAAGGAUUUAUGCGCGAAGAUGAAUUUCUCCAAUCUCAACAUUUUAAUUGUUUCACAAAAACUGGAAAUGAAACGAUGAGCCAAAGUAUCCCGAUAGUUUUGGCAGUUACAAAUGAAGAUAAACAACGUUUGGAAGAUUACUCAGCCAUAACGUUAAUGUACAAAGAGAAAUAUGUUGCAAUAAUGCGAAAACCCGAAUUUUAUUAUCAUCGGAAAGAAGAAAGAAUCGCCCGACAAUUUGGAACGAUUAAUACCGGUCAUCCCACGAUUAAAAUCAUUUCUGAAUCUGGUGAUUGGUUGGUUGGGGGGGACCUUGAAGUUCUUGAACGUAUCCGUUGGAAUGAUGGUUUGGAUGAGUACAGAUUAACACCGAAUGAGUUGCGCGCUAAAUUUAAUUUAAUGGGUGCUGAUGCUGUUUUUGCGUUUCAAUUGAGAAAUCCGAUUCAUAACGGUCAUGCAUUGCUUAUGUCCGAUACAAGAGCUCAAUUACAAGAGAGGGGUUAUCAAAAACCGGUUUUGUUGUUGCAUCCAUUGGGUGGUUGGGUUAAAGAUGAUGAUGUACCUUUGGAUGUUCGUAUGUUACAACAUCAAGCGGUUUUAGACGAGGGAGUAUUAGAUAAACGAACGACUGUGCUUGCGAUUUUUCCAAGCCCUAUGUUGUAUGCAGGGCCUACUGAAGUUCAAUGGCAUGCUAAAGCUCGUAUGAACGCUGGGGCUAAUUUUUAUAUUGUUGGGAGAGAUCCUGCAGGAGUUCCACAUCCAUUAGGUACUGAAGGUUCUCCAGAUGGUAAUCUUUAUGAUGUAACACAUGGAGCAAGGGUUUUAAAAAUGGCUCCAGGAUUAUCAUCCCUUGAAAUAAUUCCGUUUAGAGUAGCAGCUUAUGAUAAAAAAUCUAAAAAGAUGACGUUUUUCGAUCCUCAACGCAAAGACGAUUUUGAUUUUAUUUCUGGGACGAAAAUGAGAAGAUUAGCAAGAAAUGGUGAUAAUCCUCCAGAUGGUUUUAUGGCCCCAAAAGCUUGGUCUGUUUUAUCGAACUAUUAUCAAAGUUUAAACAAAGAUGUUUAUUAAACAAAUAUAUCAUGAUGAUAAUUGGCUUUAUAAUUGAAUUUAAAUGGUUAUUUAUAAUACCAGUUUGCAUUUAUGUAUGUCAAAAGCCAAUGGUUAAAUUGAUUUAUUAACCAAUAAUUUUUAAUCAUAUUUGUUGCCAUUUUUAAA